CUGGCAACAUCAAUCAGUUUGAGUUUGGCUGCGACUAUAAAAAAAAGAAAGAAAAUUGACCUAAAUUCUGAGCAAACCUAAAUCGUUUUCACCGCACCACUAGCUAAAUUCUGAGUUCUAUCAUUCCUGGUUUUCUUUGGCUUAUGAUAGUUUGAAAAAUCACAAAAAAAAAGAAAAGAUGACUAGCUUCUGGCCGCUAAUUUAUUUGUGGGCUCGCUCCACUUCUGGAAUUUUCUCGCACUUCUCGAGUGACAAGAAGAAGGAAAACUUGGCAAGCGGACAACUUAUUUGGCCAUGGUCUUUAGUUUUAAACGCGACCUCCGAACAUAAAAAAGUCUAAACAUUCCAAAUUACCACAUGGUCCAAGUAGUUCUCAUCGGGCUUCUUUCCGGGAUCAUACUAUCCGGCAGUAUGAAAACCGACUGAGAAUGUGUAGCGUGUAACGAAGGUAUUCUGUGGCGCCGUUACAAAUGUACUCGCAUCCCCUCAAGAUUUUCCGGUACUUUGCCACUAUUAAAAAGAAGAAUAAGUCCGAUAAAUGGGAACUAUAUAUGACUCCCUCCGAUUUCCUGCGAUCAAUCCAACCCGGAGUCAAGCAGCCUGAGAAUUAUGGCCUGGACAAGUACCACAUUCUGGACGAGAAGGCGGCCAGCAAAUGGCAGCCUUCUGUGAGCCAGGAUAGCAUAUUUUUGAAGUUCGAGGAAAAGGGUUUGCUCACCUACAGCGAUUAUAUGCUACUGAGCAUCCUGCUUUGUAUUCCGGAGCGGAAAGUUAGGAUUGGAUUCAAGCUCUUUGAUUUAAACGGAGAUGGAGACGUUAGUAUCCAGGAUCUGGAAACUGUCCUAAUGACAAUCACAAAAGGUGAAGCCUCCCUGGUGAAUAGCCAUCUAAAAAGAUACCUUUUUGGACCGUAUCUAAAUAAAACUCUGAGUAUUAACGAAUUUUUGGCGUUCCUACACGAAUUACACACAGAAAUUCAUAAGCUGCAGUUCCAAAAUCUGUUGAAGCCGUCUAGAUCUGUGAUCUCCGAAGUGGACUUUGCCAAAGUGGUUUUGGGAUACAGAAACUUUAGCGAGCGACUUGAAACCCUAAAGAGAGUCAAAGAAAAGUUUGGGGAAAUGAAACGGGGGAUCACCCUCGAGGAGUUCUUGGCCUUCUUUCGUUUUAUUCAGGAUGUAAACACAAUAGAUCAUGCUCUAACCUUCUAUUACUUAACCGGUGCGGAUAUCUCUCCCGAAACACUUCGGCAUAUAUCGCAUGUGGUGUCCGGCGUUAAGUUGUCCGAGCAUCUCACGGAUGUGAUCUUCUGCAUCUUUGAUCGUAAUCGUGACAACAUUAUCGAAAGAAAGGAAUUCAACAAUAUGAAGCAACACUGGAUGCAUCCUGUUCCCCUGCGGAGGAAUUUAAGGCUCUCUUCCGCGUUUUGUAUAAUUUGCAAGUGCAGCUGGAAUUUACUUCCAUCUUGGAAUCUUUUUCCAUUUAGGAAUAUACUUCCAUCUUGGAGUUUAAUACCCACUGAAUAUACUCACUUCUGGUAAAUUCCUUUCAGGAUAAACGCUUUUAGUUUACUGACAACAUUACAAAUAAGAAAAUAUUACCUAAAUUCAAUACCUAGUUAAGCUUCAUAUCCAAUUCUGGCUGUAAUUGUUUACGAAUAAAUAAUAUGUAUGGAUAAAACAA